UUAAGGGUGGAUUCGAAGAACAUUGCCAUCCCUAGUAGCUAACUCAAAAACGAACGUUUAGGCAGGAGACUCCAAAAUUAACUCCUACCUCGAGUCAAAUACCAGACGAAAAAGUGAGCAAAUUCAACCAAUUCCGAGUUUUCUCUCUCAUUAUCUUAGAUUAAGUUUGAAGAUAGAAAAUGGGCGGAGGAGGAGGAGACCACGGAGGCGGAGAUUUUAGGUCAAAAGUAUGGAGUAUGUCUGGUGGUCCCUACUGUCGUCCUAAACACUGGCGUCGUAACACCGCCUUUGCUCUUUUCGGCAUUUUUCUUGUCUGUGUUCCCGUUGCCAUGAAAUCUGCGCAACUUGAGCAACGACCUCAUGAGCCUGUCCGCCCCAUCCCAUCUCAAAUGUGGUGCAAAAACUUUGGAAACAAGGAAUAUUAGAGCUGUCUCAAUGUGUUAACUUUGUAUUGCUAAGUGUCUUGUUUUUGGAAGUAUGGACAGAUUUCUCUAAAUUUGUUGCUUUGCAGCUGAAUGGCUGUGUACUCACCUUUGAGGUAUUCUUAAUAAAUCAAAAUUGUGUGGAUAUUCAUAGUUUUUGUAGUUUACAGGAGAUGGAAGUGCUAUAAUACUUUGCUUUAAGCCAUUCAAAGCAAUGUUUAAAAUGAUCAGUAUGUACUCAAGGUUUAUUAUUUGAUUGGUAUUAUCUUUAUCCGUUUAGCUUGUA